AGUUUCCGCCCCCUCAGGGAAACUGGCUCCCCAUUGGCCAGCGCCUGGUCACGUGACUCCCCUCCGGGUCUGGGAACCUGGCGAGGCCGCAACAAGUUCAGCUGAAGGCUGGAGUGGAAGCCGGACCAGGUGCCGGCCUCAGGGACCCCAGCCACCAUGGCCUCCUGCCCGGAUUCGGACAAUAGCUGGGUGCUGGCCGGCUCAGAGAGCCUGCCUGUGGAGACCCUGGGCCCAGGGUCCACGAUGGACCCAGACCCGCAGAGAGCUCCCCCGGCCCCUCGGAGCCCCCCCAAGGCAGAUGGUGAGGAGCUAGCUGGGACCGCGGAUGGAGAAGGGGCCCCGGGCGGCCGAGGAGGUGUGGCUGAGAGGCUCCGAGCCUUUCCUUCCACUGCAGAGACCCUCCCCGAGCCGGACAGCUCCCAGCCCGGGGCCCGGGCCCGGCCGCCAGAGGAGGCAGAGGCCCAGGACGUCCCGGAAGGCGAUGGCGAGGACACGGAGCUCCCUGGCUCCGGAGACACAGUGGCCCUGGGAGACGUGGAGGAGACCCCCGAGGUGGCAGACCUGGGACCCGACACCCAGGACCCGGAGGACCAGAGCUUCCCGCAGAGCCUGCCCUCACCUCCCAGUGCAGCGUGCACCAGCAGCGAGGAGGACACGGACCCCGGCGCGGAGGGCCUGCGGUGGCGCCGGCGCGGCUGGGAGCCCGGCGCCCCUCCCCCUGAGGGGCCCCUGCGUGCGGAGGCCCCGGCCGGCGGCCAGGGUGUAAGCGGGGAGCCGGGCAUCUCCCUCAACAUGUGCCUCCUCGGGGCCCUGGUCCUGCUGGGCCUGGGCAUCCUCCUCUUCUCAGGUGGCCUCUCAGAGUCUGAGAACGGGGCCCUGGAGGAGGUGGAAAUGCAGGUCUUUCCAGAUGCCGCGGUGGACCAGGAGAUGGCGGAUGCUGCGGGGGAUGGGCAGGAUGGGCGAAGGCAGCAGCCGCAGGCCUCAGCGCCAGCGCCCCCUGACGGUGCCCCCAGCCUGCAGAACAUGGCCCUCCUGCUGGAUAAGCUGGCCAAGGAGAACCAGGACAUCCGGCUGCUGCAGGCCCAGCUGCAGGCCCAGAAGGAAGAGCUCCAGAGCCUGAUGCAGUGGCCCAACGUGCUGGAAGCGGAGAACGCCCAGCUCCGGGGGGCCCUGCAGCACGGCGAGGCCUCGCAGAGGGCCCUGGAGUCCGAGCUGCAGCAGCUGCGGGCCCGCCUGCAGGGCCUGGAGGCGGCCUGCCUCCGGGGAGCGGACGGGGCGUGCCUCAGCCGGGGCAGGGCCCCCAAGGAGCCGGGCCCUCCUGGGCAGGAGCCGGGCCCUGGCUUCCUGGAGCAGAAGGAACGGCUGGAGGCCGAGGCCCGGGCGCUGAGGCGGGAGCUGCAGAGGCAGCAGCGGAUCCUGGGGUCGGUGCAGCGGGACCUGGAGCAGAGCCUGAGGGAGGCAGGCCGCGGGGACCCGGCUCACGCCGGCCUCGCGGAGCUGGGCCACCGGCUGGCCCAGAAGCUGCAGGGCCUGGGGGCCUGGGCCCAGCGCCUGGGGAUCCCUGGCAAUGCGUCCUCAGAAGCUGGCAGCCUGGAGCCCCCCUUCCAGAGUCCCAGAGAGCGGGGUGGGAAGGAGAAGUGGCGGGGCGGGCCCGGGGACCGGCAGGCUGGGCCCUGGAAGCGCAGGAAGGAGGAGUCCGGCCCGGAGCGGAGGGAGAGCUGGGGGGGCAAGGAGGACAGGGGGGGCAAGGAGGACAGGGGGGGCAAGGAGGACAGGGGGGGCAGGCCAAGGGCGGAGGAGCAGGGCCGGGACAGGAAGCGGCAGGGCCCCAAGGAGCCCCCCAGGAAACACGGAGAAAAGCAGCAGCGCCCUCAGGGGAAGGAGGGGCCUGAAGGCCGGCACGGCCCCCCGCCGGCCUGGGCAGAGCUGUCCGGGCACAAGUACCGGGCGCCGCAGGGCUGCGCGGGCGUGCGGGAGUGCGCGCGGCAGGAGGGCCUGGCCCUCUUCGGCGCGGAGCUGGCCCCGGUGCGGCGGCAGGAGCUGGCCUCCCUGCUCAGGACCUACCUGGCGCGGCUGCCCUGGGCCGGGCCGCUGGCCGAGCAGCUGCCCCUCUCGCCCGCGUACUUCGGGGAGGACGGCGUCUUCCGCCACGACCGCCUGCGCUUCCGGGACUUCGUGGACGCCCUGGAGGACAGCCUGGAGGAGGCGGCCGAGAGGCAGACCGGCGACGACGACGAGGUGGACGACUUCGAGGACUUCGUCCUCGGCCACUUCUUUGGGGACAAGGCCCUGAGGAAGAGGUCGGGGAAGAAAGACAAGCACGGCCGGGGCCCCAGGCCCAUGGGGCCCAGGGAGGAGCACAGCCACCACCGCAGAGGCUGAGGCCGCGGCUGGCGAUGCCCGCCCGCCCGGGACUGAAACCGCCGUGCCUGGCUCUGUGGGUGUCCUAGGACGUCCUUCUGGAGGACAGACGUCACCCAGCCCUGCACUGAUGCCACUUUUGCUAGGAGAAGGCCUUCGCCGGGCUGCCUCGCUAUCUAUGCAAACGUAUACAAAUGCUCAGGGCCAGGCCUUUGUGUCCGCCAAUGUGAAAGGGGGUGGGGGGAGAAGCCUGGUUUGGGGUUGGGUGGGGCGGGGUGGGGGGAUGGCAUUCUGAUUUGGAAGCCGAAGAGCUUUCCUCCUCUCCGGAGCCGGCCUGGGUGCCGCCCCUGACCGCACCCUGGGGUUGGAGGGCUGCCGGCUGGAGGCCGCUGUCAGGCCUUCCCAGGGGUUUCAGUGGAUUCGGAAGCAGCUCUUGCCAGAGGGCGAAGCCCCCUUUCUGCCCAGCUCCCCACACGGCCUCGCUGCCCCCUGGAACUGUAGACUCCAGUCACAAUAAAGACUGCUGGAGCCAGG